AUGAAUCUGCAAGUUUUCUUCUCGACUCCCUUUGCCUGUGAUGCUCUAAGAGUAUUUGAGAUUCUUGCGCUUGAGAAUAAGCCUGAUGUGAGCAUAACCACUUGUCGGAAGGUAGUGGAAAAUCUCGGGUCGUCGUCCUCUCUUAAGGAUUUGUUCUAUGCCUUAAAGGUCAAUGGCAUUUUAAAAUGCAAGGUUGAUAAGGGUGUUUUCCAGGAUAUUGCUUCAAGACUUAAAGCUGCUGUCAAUGAUGCUAAAGCUAUCAGCCAAAAGACGAGCUUGCUGCUAUUGCCGUCAAAAUACCUAAAGCUAUCAGUUUCAUUAACAAUCAACAUCAUAGCAGUUGCCACAGUGAUAGUCAUGACAUUGUCCAUGCAACGGUUGUGCUCCCAGGCGGGGUUCAUAGUUUUCCAAGUAAAGGCGGACCUUCAUCACUACUUGAGCGGUGGAAAUCCGGUGGAUCAUGUGACUGCGGCGGUUGGGAUUUGGCUUGCAAACUUAAAAUUAUUGCUACUGACAAUCAAGCCAGUAGAAAACCACUGUCAUCCAAACCUUAUUUUGCAGGUGUUUGUGAAUGAUCAAUUCUUGAACUGGGAUCCCGAGAACAGAAUCAAAGUCAGAAUUGUCUCAGCCAGAGCAUACCAUUCAUUGUUCAUGCACAACAUGUGUAUCCGACCCAGUCCUGAAGAGCUGGAGAAUUUUGGUACUCCGGACUUCACUAUAUACAAUGCGGGAAAGUUUCCAUGUAACUGUUUCACUCACUACAUGACAUCUUCCACUAGCAUUGAUCUUAAUCUUGCUAGAAGGGAAAUGGUUAUCCUCGGCACACAAUAUGCCAGGGAAAUGAAGAAAGGUCUUUUCAGUGUCAUGCAUUAUCUCAUGCCUAAGCGCCAAAUUCUCUCCUUACACUCUGGUUGCAAUAUGGGCAAAGAUGGUGAUGUUGCACUCUUCUUUGGACUCUCAGGUACCGGAAAGACUACUCUUUCUACCGAUCAUAAUAGGUAUUUGAUCGGAGAUGAUGAACAUUGCUGGAGUGAGAAUGGUGUCUCCAACAUUGAAGGUGGUUGUUAUGCUAAAUGCAUUGAUCUGUCCCGGGAGAAAGAGCCUGAUAUCUGGAACGCAAUUAGGUUUGGUACAGUGCUGGAAAACGUGGUGUUUGAUGAGCACACUAGAGAAGUUGAUUACUCUGACAAAUCAGUUACAGAAAAUACUCGUGCGGCCUAUCCUAUUGAGUACAUUCCAAAUGCAAAGCUACCAUGUGUUGGACCUCAUCCAAAGAAUGUUAUUCUUUUGGCAUGUGAUGCAUUUGGUGUGCUACCGCCUGUGAGUAAACUAAACCUGGCGCAGACCAUGUACCAUUUCAUCAGUGGAUAUACAGCUCUGGUUGCUGGAACUGAGGAUGGCAUAAAGGAGCCACAAGCAACAUUUUCGGCCUGUUUUGGUGCAGCAUUUAUAAUGUUACACCCUACAAAAUAUGCUGCAAUGCUUGCUGAAAAAAUGGAGAGUCAUGGUGCAACAGGGUGGCUUGUUAACACCGGUUGGUCUGGUGGCAACUAUGGUACCGGAAACCGUAUCAAACUAAGUUAUACUAGAAAAAUAAUUGAUGCUAUUCACAAUGGGAGCCUCCUGAAGGCAGAGUACAAGAAGAGUAAUAUUUUUGGCCUUGAGACCCCAACAGCUGUAGAGGGUGUCCCUUCAGAAAUUCUCGAUCCUGUUAAUGCGUGGACUGACAAAGAUGCCUACAAUGAGACAUUGUUGAAGUUGGCUGGAUUGUUCAGGAAAAAUUUUGAAACAUUCACCAACUACACAAUUGGAAAGGGUGGUGACAACCUCACAGAAGAGAUUCUUGCUGCUGGACCAAUCUUUUGA